AUGAAAGGCUUUCUCUUCGUCGCCUCGCUUUCGCUCGGCGUGCAGGCAGUUUCCAUCCCCAUGGGCAAGGUCUCCAAGAGGGCGAAUUACGACAUGACCACAGGUACGCACCAUCUUUCCUCUUUCCUUCCAGCUUUUCUCGCCCAGCUCGAUCGGGGGGCCCGCGGUGGGACCGAGUCCGGCAUCGCCACCCUGGCCGACGCGUCGCCUGCGCCCUUGAGCGGCGCGGGCGGGGCCAAUACUAUGUCGGAGAUCAACUCGGUCGCCGGCAAGCACAAGCAUAUUGGGGGGAUGGCGGCUCUGCUCGGGGCGUUAGAGGAGAUGAUGGGAAAAGGUAAGAAGCAUAAGCCAAAGAAGCAUGGCAAGGACGGAAAGAAGCAUAAGGGAGAUUCCAAGCCUGGCAAAGAGCCAGAAGACGGACCCAAAUCUGGCAAGGGAGCUCCGGGUGAAGGAGGGCCUGGGGAGGAGAAGCCUUGUCCUUGUGAAGAAGAGCCUGGAAAAGGGAAGCCUGGUAAGGGACCGCCAGGCGAGGGAGCACCUGGAGAGGGACCGCCUGGUGAGGGACCGCCAGGCGAGGGAGCACCUGGAGAGGGACCGCCUGGUAAAGGACCGCCUGGAGAGGGACCGCCAGGCGAGGGAGCACCUGGAGAGGGACCGCCUGAAGAGCCUGGAAAAGAGACGCCUGGUGAAGGUGGAGCAGAGCCCGGCAAGGAAGCGCCCGGUGAAGGCGAGCCCGGUGAGGCAGGGUCUGGUUAUGAGAUGUCCGGAAAGGGACCCAAAGGAACCCAAGAGCCAAAGCCGGGAAGCGGGACUGAGCAUAAACCUUCGUCUGUGUCGACGGACAAGCCUGCUAAAGCGGGUGGAUUGGCGGGAAGCGAGACUGGGCCUAAGCCUUCGUCUGCGUCGACGGGCAAGCCUGCUAAAGCGAGUGGAUUGACGAGGAAGUCGAGAGCUGAGCAGAGGAAUGUGGUCGAUAGGGUAGUGAAGAGGGGGUUUGGGCAGAUGAACUCUCCUCCAGGCAACAUAUACAUGGACAUGCAGCAUGGAAGACACGCCAAAGGUGGUAUGGAAGAGCAACGAACAUUUGAGAAGAAAGAAGAAUGUAUGCAUGAAGAAGGUAACAUCACUAGCAAAUAUCCAGCGAUCCUUCAUGAGGUACCAAUCUGGAUGCUGCUCCCCACCGCGACGCCGGUGGCCAGGUCCAUCUUAUUUCGUCGGAGGGCUGAAUCCACGCCAUUAAAGUCAACAACAUUCCUCACCAUGGACCAGUCCCCGCCCAAACGAGUCACACGCGCCCGGGCCGCUGCAAAGUCAACAGACACCCUCGGCAUCAAGACGGCCAGAAUCGCGACUGCCGCCUCGAAAGCCAAAGUCACAGUCACCCGCGCUGCUUCGACAACCAAGCGAAAGACUCGAUCCGAGGAUGUGGACGGAGAAGAAGAACAAAAACAACAACAACAACAACAACAAUCCCAGCCCCAACCAGAUGAAAUAAUCGAACCAGCACCUAAAUUCACGCGCGGGCGUCCCAAGAGAAACACUCAACCCGCGCCGGGACAGGAAUCCGAGCCCGAGAUAGCGAUGAACGAUGCACCAGUGCGCCCAAGUCGAGGUCGUCCCAAGAAGAAUGCCGAUGUAGAUACUCCCGCCCCCGAGCCUGCGAGGGCUUCACGGGGACGCCCGAAGAAAAUCGAUCUUCCUGUUGAGAAUUCUAUCGCCGCCGUCGAGGAACCACCCAAGAGACCUACAAGAGCUCGAGCUACAACCGUCAGCAAAGUCGUUGGUCCAAAGAAGAGCGUCAAGUUCGAAGAGCCCGACAAGGAGAACAUCGUGCCCGUCAAUCUCAACGCGAAAGGCAAGAAGGCCGUGCCUGCUACCGGUCUACGAGCCAAACCCGUCCGAAAGCCCGCGGCUGGGACUACAGCGCGCACCACUCGUGGCCGGGCAAAAGUCUCCGCGGAGGAGAAGUCAUCACCACUGAGUCCUAAAAAGGCUACACAGGUGGGCAGCUCGAGAGAUGCCGUCUCGGAAGACGAGUUGGCUACAACCGAGAAGACGCCCAUGAAGCUGCUCAUGAAGAGCCCGGUCAAGGCUCCUGGAAGCGUCUUCGGCACGGCAAAGAAGUUAGAUUUAUCUUCUACAAGCAGUUCUAUCACGGCCAGCAGAGCCACGACCCAGGAUCUGAAGGGAUUCAUCGCCGCCAGUCCCGCACGUCGCCCUCCCCAAUCACCGUUUAAGGAUUCCUUCAAGACGUCUACUCAGAAAUCCACCACCAUGGGCAACUCGAUGCUCCAGUCCCCAUUCAAGCUCUCACUCCCAGCGCUAAAACCUACCCAAGACAAUACCUCAUUCAAAGCUUCGCUACUCCAAUCGCCUGCCAGACGUCCACAAUCACCUACCAAGGUUGCAGAGAAUGGUUCUCCCACCAGAUCUACCAGCAAUAACACACUGCUUGCCGGGACACCCAAGGUCAGCACAUUCAAGAUCUCGAGAUUUGCUACGCCUAGGACUAUCGAUAAGAAAAUUGUUCGCACUGCAUUAAUGGGCCCACCCACUCUGCCUGUCUCUACUGGAAGCCCUGGGGUGUCGAAUGAAGAUUCGGAAGAUAAAAUGAUGGUCCCUGAGCCAAGAAUGAAUUUCAGUGGCCGUCUCUCCUCUAUUACGCCUCGAGAGGUAGAUCCAGAAUUGGUAACGUCCGAGCCCACUGCUGAGGAGACCGCCAGUGCCGAGACUGAGGAUAUCACGUCUGUCGUCGAAGCUGAGCAGGAUGUCGUGUCUGUGCCCGUUGGAGGGAUUGAUACAGUCGUUGUCGAGGACUCAGUGGACCACAGCACAAGCCUAGCCGCGUCUCCUCCAAGGAACAGCACUGGGUUCUGCGGUGCCUUCGCUCUUCGUGACGAGAGUCCAUUCGAUGACUCGGACUCUGAGGAUGAGCUUGCCUCUGGAUCUGCCAACUAUUCGCCUAUACCAAUAGCUGCCUUCAACAGCCCCCUUGAUUUUGCCUCGUCGCCUGCAACACCAUCCCCAUUCAAGGCAAUGGCGAAGACACCAAAGACUGCUGCUUCUCAGCGGUCAGCAUACAAGGAUAAGAUCGGGUUCACACCUCUUGCUAGACAGCUCAGCGACUGGAUGGCGGCUAGCCCCGAGAAAUCGGACAGCGAGCAAUGCGUCGACAAGGACGACACCCCUGGUCCAUCACCAUCCAGGAGCAAAUUCUUCGAGGAUGAAAUGGCUAUCCGUGAUGAGCUAUCAGCUGACCCCGAGGUGGCAAACGAGGAGCCUGACAUUUUGGCAGAGAACUUUGAGCCUGUCCAGCUUGACGAGGAAGACUUCGCACUCGCUCAUGAGGCCGACGAGAUGUCUUUGUUUGAGCCUGAUGAGGUUGACCCUCAUGAGCAAGAGGAGAUGUUUGGGUAUUCUGACGUUGAUGAGCUGCAGGGCGAGCUGGCCUUCGCAGACGCUACUUUGACGGUGGUCAACCCAAUGGAGGCUGGCGACCCAGCAGCUUUCCAAGAAUAUGCGAAUGCUGUCAACGAAGAUGAACACGAUGCGUUUCAGCCUUCAGCAAGCGAGUUCGAACACGAUGAAUCCACCAUGACCCAGGAGCCGGAUGUUGCUUCUGUUCACAAUGAGUCAACAACAGUACAAGUUCCUAUCUUGGACCCGACUGAGCCGGAAGCUCCUCAGCCCCAGGGCUCUAUCGUGAAAGUAGAUGAGCAAAAUGUGCAACCCAUCGCUGAACCUGCCCCGUCAGAGGCUAGCCAAGAGUAUGGCGAUGAGAAUGCCACUCCAAUUGACCCCCAGCUCCCUGCCCUUACUGCCCCAGAUUCACCUGCUCCACGAGCAUUCUCAACUCCGAAGCCAAGACGUGUUCUGGGCGAGCGAGACUGCCACACUGUUUUCAAGGUUCCUCUCAAAGCUGCCGCUGAAGACUCGCCAAUGCGAGCUUCCCCGGUGAAGCGGAGUGCCAGCAUUUCUCGACUACCAUCUCAGCGACCAGCAGGCACCCAAUCUCGCAGCAACACCGUCAUCUCGUACUCACCUACCAAGAAGACACCUGGAACCCAAUCAAAACAGCAGAGCGAGGAUGUGGUCACGCAGAAAGGCCUUGCUACUCCUUCGAAAUCUGCUGCCUGGUCCAGCAUAGGUACUCCAGCCCGUACUCCUCGCCGCGAUAUCGACACUUCUCUACUGAAGGGUGCUGUUGUCUUUGUCGAUGUUCACACGAGCGAAGGUGCUGAUGCCAGCGCUCUCUUCACUGAGCUCCUCACUCAGAUGGGUGCCAGAUGUGUCAAAACGUGGAGCUGGAAUGGCAAUGCCGAAGACAUGAGCAAGAUCGGGAUCACCCACGUCGUCUUCAAAGAUGGUGGAAAGCGCACUUUGGAGAAAGUAAGGGAGACCAACGGAGUCGUCUCGUGUGUGGGUGUGGGAUGGGUGCUAGAUUGUGAACGUGAGAACAAAUGGCUCGAUGAGUCUGUAUACUCCGUCGAUACCCAGAACGUUCCUCGAGGCGGUGGCCGUCGUCGUAAGAGUAUGGAACCUCGGGCCUUGGCCAAGAUGAACGGAGAGCUCUUGUCCGCCGCCACACCAGGUCGGAACAUGUCUCCCACGAAAGAGUUCCUUCACUUCCCAGAAACUCCAGUCACCAGCAAGAGUCGCCGACGCGAGUCCGUCCAGUGGGUUCGUUCGCCUGUAUCUUCAUUGACGGGGGAAGUGGAUGACCAGACCCUCAUUCUCUCGCCCGUGCCGGCCACUCCUGCCCCGGAAACUAUCUCUGCUUACGGGAAGGACGGCUUCUAUGGGGAAGACACCCCUGUUGGUCAAUCGCCGUACUAUUUGCAGCAAGCAGACUUGAUGCAAAGGACUGCUCCCGCUGGCAGACGUUAUGUCGAUACCGAGCAAGAUGAAGAGGGGAGUAAAGCCAGUAUGGGCGCAGGCUUGUUGAGCGAAAAGAAGGAUGAGAGUGUUAUGAUGCGGUUGAUGGCUGCGCGGAGGAAGAGCUUGCAGUGGGCUCCUAAGGUCGGGAGUCCGCUUGCUAGGGGAAGUUUGUUUUAG